UGUUCUGUUCUCGUUCAACCUAACCUCAAAACUUUUCAAUAUAUCCUUCCUCAGUCAAUUAAUUGUAAAGUUAUAGGCUACUGAUUGAAAAAUCUCUCUUAAAGAUUAUUAUCUUGCACCCGAGUUCUAGAAAAAAAGGUAAAAGCUUGGCUUCUUCAGUCCCUUCUAAAGCCCUAAUAGACUUGGUAAAGCUUUUGCUUACUGUUGACGUUUACAUCUGGUUCAGUAAGAUUACUAGAAAUAUGGAAAUGAAUUUGGACUCGCCCAGAUUAUCAACACUGUUCAGGAAUCAUUCUGAUCUAGCAUCUCCUCACAAACCCAACUAUGCAGCAAACACAUUGGAUGCUAUCAGGAGAAACAGAGUUAAAUUUUCUGGAGUUUUGUCAUGGAGAGAGUUUGUAAUAAUCGCUAGUAAAGAGAGCAAAUCAAAUAGGGAAUGUCUCCAGAAAUUAGGAGACCUUGCAAAAGAACUGACGGGUGACGACCAGACACAACAAGUGAUCGGUAACACAGCUAUGUUUCUCUUGAACCUGUUCCUAGAACAGCCCCAAGUGAAUGUCGGUCAUUACAACCAGCUGAAGCUAAUGUUCGGAACUGUCACUUCAGAACUGGUGAAGUCGAUUCAUAAGGUGGUCAACAGUUUGUCCAACAGUCUUUCAAGUGAAUGCCUAGAUCUGGUGAAAGCUUUGUCAAACGAAGCUCCACAGAAGCUACCAAAGUUGGCUGAGGAGGAUGUGGUGUUUUCUCCCAAACCGCCGGACCCUCCUGACCUUAGCUACUUGCAGCCCAUUGUGUCGUCUGCUACCGUAGACUGUCUCGAGUCAUUCUCCAUGGCCUAUAAUGGGGAACCCUCCACAUCCAACAACAAUAAGCAGACAAAUUACGGGAGGGCGUGGCUUGUAGAGGAAAUCAAGUCUAGUUUCAAAGGUACAACAUCAGCGAAUGAUAUGUGUGAAACUGUUGUCGCCCUUCUCACGUCCCAGCGAUCAAAUGACGAACUGCAAAAUGAGCUUUUUGACUUGGUAGGUUUUGAUCACUUUGAGCUGAUCCAAACUUUGCUGAUGCAUCGCUCCGACAUUGUCCAGAGUUGUUCAGCAGCUGAAGAGAAGAAAAUGAUGAUGAGUAAUGCACGGUCUUCGGCACUGGAACGAAGGCCAGCUUUCGGCUGUCAAGUAGUUGUUCAGUCUGAGCAAGAGAAGUUGCUUCAGAAACAAGCUCGCAAAGAAGAGAAGAAAAUAAACAAGUGGUUGGCCAAAGAAGAGGAAGUAGAAGAAGAAGAAGUGUUUGACCCAGUGGAGUUGAGGGCUAAAAGGCAAGCUGCCUUGAAAAAUCCACCGAUUAUCUUUACGUCUUCCUCCAACAAGGAUCGAAUAGUGGCACGAGCCAGCCAGCCAAAGGAGGUCUACCCCCAUGUCUACGACUCCAUGGCUACUGUACGACAGAAUGCUGGCUUCAUAUCCGGUCUGAAGUUGAUGUUGCCUGAGGGAGCUUUAAAGAAGGACACCAGACAGUACGAGGAAGUGAACAUCCCCGCUUGUGAAGCAGCUCCUACUGCUGUCGGUAGCAACUUUAUACCGAUAAACACUCUGGAUGAAAUAGGACAGAUGGUCUUUGAAGGCAUGAAGCAUUUGAAUCGUAUCCAGUCGGUGGUGUUUGAGACAGCGUACCACAGCAACGAGAACCUCCUGAUUUGUGCGCCGACAGGCGCAGGUAAGACCAACGUGGCGUUACUGGCCAUCUUGCAUACCAUCGGGAACUACAGCCACAACAAAGUAAUCAGGAGAGAACAGUUCAAGAUUGUUUACGUUGCACCAAUGAAAGCUCUGGCCGCUGAGAUGACUGCUAGUUUUUCCCGUCGUCUGAAGCCUUUGGGAGUUAUUGUGCGAGAAUUGACAGGAGACAUGCAACUUACAAAGACUGAGAUAAUGCAGACCCAGAUGUUGGUUACGACACCAGAAAAGUGGGACGUCGUCACCAGAAAAGCUGGUGAUGUCGCUUUGGCUAACCUGGUUAAACUGCUGAUCAUUGAUGAAGUCCACUUGUUGCACAGUGAUCGAGGUCCUGUGGUCGAGGCUAUUGUUGCUCGUACUCUGAGACAGGUUGAGUCUUCACAAAACAUGAUCCGCAUCGUCGGACUGUCCGCCACCCUCCCCACAUACCUGGACGUCAGCAGGUUUCUGCGAGUAAACCCUUACAAGGGACUGUUCUACUUUGACGGGAGGUUCAGGCCGGUGCCGCUUCAUCAGACGUUUAUCGGAAUCAAAGCUCUAAAACCCCUUCAGCAGAUGAACGACAUGGACCAAGUCUGCUACGAGAAGGUUCACGAUAUGGUUGCCAAGGGCCAUCAGGUGAUGGUGUUUGUGCACGCUCGUAACGCUACUGUGCGCACGGCCAACGUGUUGCGCGAGAUGGCUCAGUUGAAGGGACAGCUGAAGGACUUUGAGCCGGGAGAGAGCUCGGCCGCUGGACUUGCGUACAAGGCGUUCUCCAGGUGUCGUUCCAAACAGUUAGCGGAACUGUUUCAGGCUGGCUUCUCCGUCCAUCACGCGGGGUUGCUUCGUUCAGAUAGGUCAUUGGUGGAAAAGUACUUUGGAGAGAACUUGAUCAAAGUUUUGGUCUGUACUUCAACUUUAGCUUGGGGAGUCAACCUUCCAGCCCAUGCGGUCAUCAUUAGGGGUACAGAGAUCUAUGAUGCCAAGAAAGGUUCGUUUGUCGACCUGGAGAUCUUGGACGUUCUGCAGAUCUUCGGUCGUGCUGGUCGUCCGCAGUUUGACAAGUCAGGUCACGGCACGAUCAUCACAACGCACGACAAACUGUCGCACUAUCUCUCUACCCUCACCAACCAGUACCACAUUGAGAGCAACUUUAUCUCUUGUCUCGUCGACAACCUCAAUGCGGAGGUGACUUUGGGGACUAUUUCAAAUGUGGAUGAAGCCGUCAAGUGGCUCAGUUACACGUAUCUUCAUGUGCGCAUGAGGAUGAACCCUUUGCACUAUGGAAUAUCUCAUCAGCAACUACUGGAAGACCCUAAUUUGGACAUAAAGCAAAGAGAGUUGAUCGAGAACGCCGCCCAAGCUUUAGAUAAAGCUAAAAUGUUACGAUUCAACCCUAGAACUGGAGACUUAAGCGUCACUGAUCUCGGCCGGACAGCCAGCCACUACUACAUCAAGUACGACACUGUCGAGGUGUUCAACGAGGACAUGAACAUGACAUCUGACUGUGUCAUGGACGACAAGGCCAUCUUCGCCAUGAUAUCCAAGGCUCAAGAGUUUGAACAGCUUAAAGUGAGGGAUGAUGAGUUGGAUGAGUUGGACAAUCUGACAAGAGACUACUGUGAGGUCGAGGUGAUGGGAGGCAGUGAGAACCUCCAUGGCAAAGUCAACAUUCUGCUGCAGACGUACUUGUCUCGAGGCCGAGUGAAUUCUUUCUCUCUUCUGUCUGACCUGUCGUACAUUACACAAAACGCUGUGCGUAUCGCCCGAGCUUUGUUCGACAUCAUGCUACGCAAGCAGAACCCCCUGAUGGCCGGGAGGUUUCUUCAGGUGUGUUUGGAGUUUGAGCGUCGACAGUGGUUCUUUGAGUCGGAGAUGCGCCAGUUCACCAUCCUCGGACAGGAUAUCAUUGACAAGAUAGAGCGGAAUAACUUGUGUGUAUUCGACCUCAGGGAUAUGGAUGCAAAAGCUAUCGGUGUGAUACUGCGUCACGCCAAGAUGGGAGAGACAGUGAAGCGCUGUGCUAGUGAGUUUCCCCUGGUGGAGAUUGACGCAAGCCUUCAUCCUAUCACUCGCACCAUACUGCGGAUACGACUCACCAUCACGGCUGACUUCAAGUGGAAUGACAGAGUACACGGGAAAACAUCCGAAGCUUUUUGGGUUUGGAUAGAAGAUCCUCUCAACAACUACAUGUACCAUUCUGAAUACUUUCUACUCACAAGAAAGCAAGUGAUCCAACAGGAGCCGCAGGAGCUGGUGAUCACUAUCCCCAUCAGUGAGCCGUUGCCGCCGCAGUACAUAAUACGAGUGUCUAGCGACACGUGGCUCAGCUCCGUAAACACAAUCCCUCUCACUUUCCAGCACCUCAUCCUGCCAGAGACCCAUCCCCCACACACAGACUUGCUAGAGCUGCAGCCAUUACCAGUGACCGCAUUGGGAGAUACCCAGCUAGAGUUGCUGUACCCGUUCACCCAUUUCAACCCCAUCCAGACUCAGAUCUUCCAUUGUCUGUACCACACGGAUAACAACGUUUUGCUCGGAGCUCCGACCGGUUCCGGCAAGACUAUCGCUGCGGAAAUAGCAAUGUUCCGUGUGUUCAAACAGUACCCUGGCUCUAAGGUUGUAUACAUAGCUCCUCUUAAAGCCCUUGUGAGAGAACGAAUCGAAGACUGGAAAGUACGGUUGACUCAGAAGCUGAAUCGCUCCGUUGUUGAACUCACAGGUGAUGUGACUCCGGACGCCCGAGCCAUCGCCAGCGCUGACGUGAUCGUUACAACCCCAGAGAAAUGGGAUGGAAUAUCUCGUAGUUGGCAAACAAGAGGUUACGUAAGAGCAGUCGCACUGAUCAUCAUAGACGAGAUACAUCUGCUAGGUGAAGAUCGAGGUCCUGUACUCGAGGUGAUUGUGUCGAGAACCAACUUCAUCGCUAGCCAUACCUCGAAAACUCUUAGGAUAGUGGGGCUGUCCACUGCACUUGCCAAUGCCAAGGAUCUAGCCAACUGGCUGGGGAUAGGACAGAUGGGACUGUACAACUUCCGUCCUUCAGUGCGUCCCGUGCCACUGGAGGUGCACAUCAGCAGUUUCCCCGGCAAACAUUACUGUCCUCGCAUGGCCACCAUGAACCGGCCAACUUUCCAGGCAAUCAGACAGUACUCUCCAGCCAAACCUGCGCUCAUAUUUGUCUCGUCAAGGCGGCAGACUCGUCUGACGGCACUCGAUCUCAUCGCCUUCCUCGCUGCUGAAGACGAUCCCAAGCAGUGGCUGCAUAUGGACGAGAACGAAAUGGAACAAAUUGUGGGAGGAGUAAAGGAUUCCAACCUGAAGCUCACUCUGGCCUUUGGUAUUGGAAUGCAUCACGCAGGUCUGGUAGAGAGAGAUCGUAAAACAGUUGAGGAGUUGUUUGUCAACCAGAAAAUUCAGGUGUUGAUUGCAACCGCGACGCUCGCGUGGGGAGUCAACUUCCCAGCUCACCUGGUGGUGGUGAAGGGAACUGAGUACUACGACGGCAAGUCCAGACGCUACGUGGACAUGCCUAUCACUGAUGUGCUGCAGAUGAUGGGACGAGCUGGCCGACCUCAGUUUGAUCAGGAGGGAGUGGCUGUUGUUCUGGUGCAUGACAUGAAGAAGAACUUUUACAAGAAGUUCAUCUACGAACCGUUCCCAGUGGAGUCGAGCUUGUUGACGGUGUUAGCAGAUCAUCUAAACGCAGAAAUCGUCGCCGGUACAAUCAAGACUCGGCAGGAGGCUUUGGACUAUCUCACUUGGACGUACUUCUUCCGUCGUCUGCUGCGCAACCCCACGUACUACGGGCUGGAGAGCGUGGAGGAGUUUGAUAUAAACAAGUUCCUCUCAACUCUGAUAGAGAAGUCGCUCGCCACUCUAGAGGACGCACAAUGUAUCAUGUUGAACGAUGACGGUCGAGGGGUCAGUACAACGUCCCUGGGACGCAUCGCAUCCUUCUACUACCUCAGUCAUGAGACGAUGCUUCACCUGAGACAGAACCUGAGUGGUCUGUUGACACAGGAGGAACUGCUCAAAUGUCUGUGUCACGUACACGAAUACAGCCAGCUUCCUGUCCGACACAACGAGGACAUGCUCAAUGGUGAUCUGGCCAAGAUUUGCCCCAUCGCCGUAGACCAGAUGUCACUUGACUCUCCUCACACAAAGGCUCAUCUGCUGCUGCAGGCCCACUUUUCUCAUCUCCAGCUGCCUUGCACUGACUACUACACGGACACCAAGUCUGUACUGGACCAGUCCAUCAGGAUCUUACAGGCCAUGGUAGAUGUGUGUGCGGAGCAGGGCUGGCUAGCCACCACGCUGAGACUGCAGCUGCUAAUGCAGAUGGUCUCACAGGCCCGAUGGCUACAUGACUCUCCGAUCACCACUCUACCCCAUGUAGAACCUCAUCAAUUGUACGUCUUCCGCAAAUACCAAGCGAUGUCAUCCCUGCCGAGUCUGAUGACAUUGCCCUACAACAAGGUGGCCGACGAGUUGCGACAGGAAUUUGACGAGGGACAGAUUGAACAGAUAUACAAGGUAUUGCAGAACCUCCCUAAGCUGAAGAUAGAGCUCAGUGUACAAGGGUGGUGGGAGGAGAGUGGAGGAGACGUCAAACAUGUCAGACCUGGGACCAACCACCCUCUGGUGGUUCACAGUAAUGAGGACUACACGCUGUGUGUGAAGUUGACGAGGUUGAACCGUUCCAAAGAGCGUCGAGCGCACGCACCUCGCUUCCCCAAGCCUAAAGACGAGGGGUGGUUCCUCACCCUGGGUCAUGUGGACAGCGUAGAACUACUUGCGCUCAAACGAGUGCCUCCAGUACAUCACAGUAGCAACCAGAUGAUUGCCUUCUCGACCCCAGAUAAGCCUGGGAGGUAUAUGAUGACUCUGUACGUAUUCUCAGACACGUAUCUGGGAUUGGACCAACAGUUUGACAUCCUGCUCGACCUUGUGCCUUCCACAGCUGUCCGUGAACCUGUAGCAGCCGUCGACGAUAGUGACCAAGACUAGCUCAACUGACGUUUCUGCUCUGUUUCCUAAGUGGCUGUGAAUAAACUUAGUGAAAAACGAUGCUUGUUUUAUCUUAUCAGAUACAGUAUUGAGCGUAUAUAUUUAACGUUUUUAAAGUGAUAUACUUUUGUUACGAUUGAAAAUAUUAUUUGUUAAUUUAU